CUGACACUCUACAAUACAGUGACAUAAAAUAUCCUCUGUAAGGUAUAUAUCUGAAACAGUGAACUGAAAUGCUGAAAAUUAUUCUGCUGCUUCUGCCAGGUGUUGUCAGUGCUGAGUGGAAUGUGAAUUAUCCUCCUCCGAUCUGUGCUGCGAGGGGAUCCGAUGCCACUAUUGGCUGUAAUUUUACAUAUCCACAGGGGCAACAAGUUCAGAAACUGCUAUGGUGUUCAAUGACAUCAAACCAUGACAAGUGUUAUAAUAAGCCAUAUGUUUAUGAUAGUGAAGCCAACAAUAAUCAAAGCAACUUUCAGUACAUUGGAGACAAAACCUCAGAUUGUUCUCUUUUGAUCAGUAAUAUUAAUCAAACACAUUCUGGAGAUUAUAAAUUCAGAUUUAUAACCAGUGAGCACAGUUGGACAGGUAAUCCUGGAGUGAACAUUUUAGUACACGAUUUAAGAGUGUCCAUGAGCAGGUCAAGAGAAAAUGGAAGCACAAUAGUUGGAGACUCUUUGAAUUUGACAUGCACACUCAAGUGUGGUGAUUUAGCUGAGGCUCAGUGGUUUAAGAAUGGUGAUCUGAUUCAACAGUCAGACCCUGUCCUCACCUUCAGCAGAGUAACUGCUCAAGACUCUGGGAAUUACUCUUGUUCUUUGAGAAACUUUAAAACUACUGUAUCUGAAGAAUUUACCAUUUACAUUGAAGAUGUUGCCGGGUCCCCAGCGGUUCUGAUUAUUGUGGUGUCUUUUUUCUCACUUGUUUUCAUCGCUGCAGCUGUGAUGCUUAUUAGUAGAAAGAAAGUAAGCAAAUCAAUGGAAGAAAGAGAAGAAGCGCAGGAUUCCCUUUACAGCACUCUUCAAAAAACUGCUGACGCAGUCUACUCAACCAUCACAAACUGAAAACAAGCCGAGGAUGGACUGCAGGAAGUGUAAUAUGCUUCAAAUGUGAGCAUUCAAGACACACAUCACUCUGGACAAAUUU